AUGAGAAGGCAACCAUCUGUAUAUGCAGACAUUACCAAUGGUAAUUUGUUCAGCACACCUGCUGAAGGUGAUGGAGAUCCACCCCCUCCUCCAAAUGAGAACAUACCAGAUUGGUGCAAAUGCGGAGAAUGCAGAGUUAUGCCCACAGAGUUGGAGAAUAAAUGCCGUGCUAAAGUGGAACGCCCAUGUAUAACCAACAGUGCAUCAUUUCAUCAGUUGGUCUUAGAUGCAAAUGUUUUACACCUUGCCAUGCAAUAUAGAGAAGAUAUACAUGUGCUAGAUAAUGUAAGGAACAAUGAGCAAUUCCGACAUGCUGCUUACAGGCAGUACGUGCUUUGGCAGCAUGGUCGAUUGGGCCAAG